UCAUUUAUUCAAUUCACCUUGUAAUUUUUAUCUCUUUCCAUUUUCCCCGAGAUAAUUUAAUUAAUCCCUUCGUCUUCUUCCUCCUCCUCCCUCUCCCUGAAACCUAAUCUGCCUCCGUUUUAAGUUAUGGGCGUCGCCGUUCUCAACCCGCAAGACUGUUUGAAAGAUCCGUUCUCCCACAUGAGAUAUCAUCCCCGUAACCCUAGCGCGUGUCCCAACAGGCAGAAAAAGCCCGUUUCCAACAACCGUACGCGCCGGAGUCCUCCACGUAACCAAUCGACCAGAUCUCCUUCUCCUCCUGUAGCGCCGCCUCUUCCUCCUCCACGCGCGGCUUUCGUUCCAAAAGGAACGGUCAAGAAGAGUCCCAAAAACACCGUAGCCGUCGGUCAGGUGAGAAUCCUGAAGCGCGGCGAAGAAAUCCCGAGCAAGGCUACAGAUCUGGUUGUUGUAAAGACAGAUCUGGUUGUUGACAAGUCAGAUCUGGGAUCUACUCGUCGGGUUGGACCCGAUCCGGGUUUGAUUCCGAGUCAGAUCCGUUUGUCUGGCCGCAAAUCGAAAUCAGUCCCGUUUUACGCCGGUCCGGUCACCAUGACCUCGCCGCCUCCGAGCGAUGUACCGCUUCCAGCUUUUUUCACCAAGAAGAGCGUCUCUUUGUUCCAAGCCGCCGAUGCAACCAAUGAUCUGAUCAGGAUGCUUCGUCUAGACAUCGCCUGACGGCGUAUGUCUCCGAUCAUCUUUGAUUUCUCUAAAAGUCUCAGAUGAUCCCAAAAUGGUUACGGUUCUGUUUACCGAUCGUCAGAUUCCGCCUGAAUUCCGGAAAUCUACAAGAAAAAUGAUAAUCUCCAAGACGAUGAUGAAUCUAGAAGAUGAAGAAACCACACAUCUUCGUUAUGAACCGUUUCGAAUCUUCCCUUAUUUUUUCAAGGGGCAAGAUCGAAAUAUCUUCUUAACAGGUCUUAGUUUCUCUUCUUAGGGUUUAGUGUUUGUGUAGGAGUAUUUUGUGCAUAGCCUUUUUUUUUUUUACUAUCUUAUGUACCUUUUGGGGUCUUUUAAUCGUCAGGUUCUCUGGGUAAAUUAAUUAUAGCUGUUGAGUCUUUUCUCAUUUCGUUAGGGUUCUCUUCGUGUGCCUUAGCUUUGUAAGGCAAGUUAUAGAGAUGUGUUUUACUGGUAAGAUGUAACAUCUUAGGUUUCGAUGUAAUCUGCAGUAUUUGCAAUUCUCUGUAUUUCGUCUAUCUUUUUAUGGUUUCUAGUUUUUAAGUUUAAUUUGGGUUUAUCUUCGUCUGUUGGGUCUCUUUGUUAUUCCGUAAGCGUUCUUCGUCUGUUUUCGUGUCGUUUAGGUUAAGUCAAAACUAUCACGGAGAUGUAGUAGUUACUGGUUAGAUGAAGUGUAAAGGCUUCCAUGUAAUCUUCUGUACUACAAUUCUCUGUACUUCUAUCUUUAAUAUUAUCGAAUAUAUAUUAUAAGUUCUAUUUGGCUUC